ACAUAGAUUAUCAGCGUCAUAUCAUCGUCAGGAAAGGAGACCGCGAAGAAGAAGAAGAAGCAGAAAACUACGAGUGUUACAGUGUGCAAAAAUAGUGUCAUGAGUUGUGCGGUUAGAAUUUCGCAAAGUGUGUAAAAUAUACCGGAUCGCGUUACACCUAUUCGUACUUCCGCUAGCUCAGAACAAGUUUUUUUCCCUUCAUAUAUAUAUUCAAUUCGUUUUUUCAUUCCUUUAUUUCCACCGAACGAACACCCUUGAAGAUGAUUAACUUUUAACAAUGCCGGUUCCGAUGCAUUAACGUUGCACACCAAGCUGAUCGGGUAGCAGAGGUCUGUUCCGUCCCGUCGAGUGUGAAGAUAGGAGAAAGAAAAAGGACCCACGAGAAGAGAGGAGGGAAGGAGAAAAGUGCAAAACCAGCAAAUCCUUCUCCCAGACUACGUCAUCAGUUUUAAUAUUGCAGAAUAGAAGCUGCCGCUGCGACGCCGCUGCGAGAGUGACUCUCUUAAUAAUGAGAUGAUAUUAUCACGAGGCGAAUGUGACGGGCAGAUUUGAAGAAUGCAGGAGUCCCUCAGGCGUCCUCUUCUUCUACGAAAUUAGCGAUCCGAAGAGACCUAAUGUCAAAAUCCCCAACUUCUGAUUCCCCUGCAAAGCGACGUCGGGACAUGAUGCUUCGCGUUCUGGGUGUGCGACUUCUGUCGCGUCUGCUGGUCCUCGUCUGUUCCCUGUCGUUGCUGUCGCUCCUUUUCCUGAGCAGAUGCGGUUUCAACAAUUUGGAGAGUGAUUUAAUCGACACUGCCGGCCCCGUUACGCCGACGAGUCUUGCCGAGGCAAAUCAACGGGAGGAGGAAACUCGUCUUGAAGUCGAAAGGCUUACGGCUGAAAUAAGAACCUUGAAACUGCAGAUCCUUCAGCUAACAGGUGGUCCACCAGGUCACAGCGAGGUGGCGUCUCUGCUGAACACGACGGACGUCGGAGACUGUUUGGCGGCACGGCGGCAGGUUGACUUGGCAGAAAUUUCGCAGGGUCUUCCGCACAACAACGAGUACGAGCUGAUAGCCUUCAGCCAUUUCACCUUCUCGCGCGUCUACCCGGUGGACCUUGGCCUGGGAAAGCGGGUCGUGGAAAAGCCGAUCGGAUUCAAACGGAAGGACCUCCUGGAGGCGCUGACCAAGGCGGUGGACACGCUGAACCGAAACACGAGUCAGCUGCCGACCAAGUACACCCUGGAGGACUUCCUCGAGGGUCUUUACAGGGUCGAACCAACGACCGGCACCCAGUACGAGAUGUACUUCAGGACGAAGAACCUCAACAAGAGCACCCAGAGCACUUCCAACGGUUACACCAAGGUGACCCUGAUGCGACCUUACACCCCGAUCCAGUUCGUCGCGACGGAACGACAGCCGGCCAAGGAAAAGGAGCUCAUCCACAUUAUCCUGCCGCUAUCAGGACGCACGAGCACAUUUCAGAGCUUUAUGGACAAGUUCGUCAAGAUUGGACUGAAGAACGACAAGCGGGUGCAUUUGACCGUCGUCUACUUCGGGACCGAGGGACUUUCCGAGGCUCGGGCCAUCAUGUCGCGGGUUCUUAUGACCCGCGGAAGUGGCGGCAGCAAUCAGAACCUCAGGCUAUUGGCUCUAAACGAAACUUUCUCGAGGGGAAAGGGACUUCGCGUUGGCGCCGAGAGGGCCUGGGGUGGCGAAGCUGACGUUCUUCUCUUCAUGUGCGACGUUGACGUCGUUUUUAGCGCUCGGUUUCUCGACAGAUGUCGAUGGAACACUGCGCCGGGUCGGAAGGUUUACUACCCGAUAGUUUUCAGCCUCUACAAUCCCCACGUGGUCUACACUCUUCAGGGACGCGAAGUGCCUCCUGAGACGGAUCAGCUUGUCAUAUCCAGAGACACAGGAUUCUGGAGAGACUUCGGUUACGGAAUGACCUGCCAGUAUAGGUCCGACUUCUUGAGGGUGCGUGGCUUCGACGAGGACAUCGUCGGCUGGGGUGGCGAGGACGUCACUCUUUACCGAAAAUAUGUUCGAAGCAACAUCAAGGUCAUCCGGGCAACCGAUCCGGGAAUUUUCCACAUCUGGCACCCAAAGGUGUGUUCCGGGGGUCCUGGUCAGCGUUUGUCAACGGACCAAUAUCGAGCCUGCAUAAGAUCAAGGGCCCUGAACGAGGCGUCACACGCGCAGCUCGGCUUCCUGGCGUUUCGCGAGGACAUCGCGAGCCAAGCGAUAAACGUCAAGUCUAUGGCGAAUAAGAAGAAAAAAAUGUCGAUGAAAAAGGAGAAGAAAAAACCCCUGAGCAAGGUCCAGGUCAAAAAUCAACCCCUGCAAAUCAAGGAGAAACCGCUCGAGCGAACUUCCGAGGAUCAGACCUGAUCUAUCGUGAAUAAUAAAAAUCCACGAUGCGAGUUCUGAGUGGUUCCUUAGUCUGUAUACGCGUUUUACACACGUAUUCAUGUAUACAUAUAUAAAGUGUGAUUUAUAUAUUAUGUAUAAAGAAGACAGGGUCGGAUAUCCAAACGUUUUGUCAAAUUCCAUUAUCGAACGAGGUACUACGCGACGAUUUCGAGAUAUUAUAUGUAUAAAUAAGCGUCCGGUAAGAUACAUAUGUAAAUAGGGAAUUCGUGCUGUUAUUUAUUGUGUAAAAAGUAUGUAAUUGCAUAUAUACAUAACAUGAUGAUACAUAAUAUACAUAAUAUUUAUACAUUACAUAAUACAUAGAUCAUUGUGAUGAUAACGUGACAUUUUCAAAAUACAC